AUGGAUGGAACAAAUCAAACUGAUUAUGGUGACUAUACAGAUUCAUUUGACUCAGAUAUAGCGUUGUCGUAUCCAGUUCGAUUUUGGUUACUUCUCGUAUCAGACAUCCCGGCUAUUCUGAUGGUCCUAUUCGUUCUGCAUUAUCUCCUAAAUAAUUCAUCACAACGGAAAUUACUGCACAACCAUACAUUUAUUCUACUUUUGUUUCUAACAAUGUUUACAUUGUUGACUGACAUACCACUUUAUCUAAAUUAUGUACGAAUCGGAUCUGUUUGGCCAGCAAGUCCUGCAACUUGUUACGUAUGGUGGAUGUGUAACAAUGCCUUUGCUGCUACAACAUACCAUCUGAUGAGUUUAGCAUCGAUCGAACGACAUAUUAUAAUAUUUCAUAGCCACUGGUUAGCAACAAAGUACAAACGACUAUUUCUUCACUAUUUACCUCACAUAGCUGUGUUAAUCUAUUGUUUCUGUUUUUAUUUUCUGGCGAUCUUCUUUCCAUCAUGUGAGAAUCAUUUCAUUUAUACAAUCUUGUAUUGUGCAUAUCCAUGUUACUAUUUUGUUUCGGAUUUUCGCAAUUUUUGGGAUUUAGUCUUUAAUGGCGUUACACCACCUUUGAUUAUUAGUUUAUUCAAUAUUCUCCUUCUUGCCCGCGUUCUCUAUCAAAAACAUGUCCGUCUUCACCAACCAGUUGUGUGGAGAAAACAUCGCCGGCUGACGAUUCAGGUUGUCUCCGUUUCGUUGCUAUACCUAUCGAACAUUUUUCCAGCUAUGGUAAUAGGAUUACUUAGAAUAUGCGGAUAUUCAACAGAAAUCGGUGAUAAGAUUUUGACGUAUACAACUUUCUUUGCGUAUUUUACUAGCAUUUUGUUGCCAUUUGUUUGUUUGGGAUCUUUACCGGAAUUACGAUUGAAACUGAAGCAAAUUCUUCAAUGCUCAUGGCUGUGCACGCGUCAAACUCGUGUAGAACCGUUCCAUGAUCCCACAUUUGCAACGAAAGGCCAUCCAGUUGUAGUGAGAACAUCGUGA